CAACAAUUCAUUCACAAUCAACAGCUGACAUUUCAGGGUCAAAAACCAAAAUGGCAACCGUUCUUGUCGGAUUGUUUGUUCUCGUCCAAUACACUGUAUCUUUGAAGAAAAGAAAAACGCUGUAAUCACCGAUCCAGAUUCAGAAAAGACGGUUCGAUCUUUAUUUAUCAUAAACGAUCACGCCGGCCGAAAAUGCGAAGACUUCUCUGGCCCGAAACUGUUCUGUUUUAUACUUUUAUAGCACUUUGGUCAUAGCCCCGUGAUGAGAUUCCCUGAAAUCUCAGACGACAUUUUAGAACACUGAUUAGUGAUUACUCAUCGGAAAAUGACCCUCUGAAGUCUGAUCUCCCAUUACUGGGGUCACCAAGAAAAGAGAGAUUAAAAUAAAGAAACGUAGGACACUUACAUUGUCAUUUUCUGUUGAGCUGUCUCUGGAACGUGCUAAUCCUUUUUAGUGGGUUGGAAGAACUAAUGGAGCUCUGGGUACUAGCAGUACAAAAAUAGUACGCGUUAAUAAUAUGUAGUAGCUUGUUUUUUUGCCUCUUCAUAGCUUCAUCUUCUCGGCUGGUCGCUCCAAUUUUUGGUUUUUUCUUUGUUUCGGGUGACAGAACUGAGAAAGCUUCUGCAUUUUUAGAAAUGGAUCCCAAAUCGGACGAUGGGCAUGCUUCAAUUACAGUCAAUCUCUUGAAUGGCCAUGAAAAACACCAUGCUGAUGCUGUUUUUCACCCGCAGGUUUCUGGGAAAACUUCUUUUUCCAAGACUUGUUUCAAUGGCAUCAAUGCAUUAUCAGGAGUUGGGAUACUGUCGGUACCAUAUGCAUUGGCAUCUGGAGGAUGGCUGAGUUUGAUGUAUCUGUUGAUCAUUGCGGCUACAACCUACUACACAGGCUUACUAAUCCAGAGGUGCAUGGACUUGGAUUCAAACAUAAGGAGCUAUCCGGAUAUUGGUGAGCGAGCCUUCGGGAGUGCAGGAAGAACGGUGGUGUCUAUAUUAAUGAACAUGGAGCUCUACAUGGUUGCCACUGGUUUCUUGAUCCUAGAAGGCGACAAUCUGGAAAACAUCUUUCCAGACUUUAAGGUAAGGCUAGCGGGGAUUGUUGUUGCUGGAAAGGUGAGCUUCGUGAUUUUGGUUGGCCUCAUUGUGUUACCCACUGUUCUGCUGAACAACAUGAGUGUCCUGUCUUACAUAUCUGCAAGUGGAGUGAUAGCUUCGGUGACACUUCUUGGGUCAAUGGUGUGGGCUAGUGCAACAGAUGGAAUUGGUACUCAUUCAAGUGACAUCCUUCUUAGCUGGAAAGGAACCCCAACUGCUGUCAGCCUCUAUGCAUUUUGUUAUUGUGCCCAUCCAGUUUUCCCCACACUUUAUACUUCAAUGGAAAAUCCCAGACAGUUCUCUAAGGUACUGCUUGUUUGCUUUCUAGUAUGCACCAUCAGCUAUGCGUCAAUGGCAAUCCUGGGGUAUCUUAUGUUUGGUUCUGAAGUACUCUCUCAAGUAACCUUAAACCUCCCGUUCGGAAAACUUAGCUCGAAAGUGGCCAUUUUCACCACACUGAUCAAUCCAAUAGCCAAGUAUGCUUUGAUGGUAAAACCUCUUGUGAAUGCCACAGAAAACAUGCUUGCAUCUCAUUGUAGUAAAAAAUCACACAGCCUGUUGGUCAGAAUUAGUCUGGUAAUCAGCACAGUGAUUGUGGCAUUGGCUAUUCCGCUUUUUGGGUACUUAAUGUCACUUGUGGGGGCAUGCUUCAGCAUCGCGGCUUCAGUUCUGCUUCCUUGCUUGUGCUUCUUGAAGAUCUCGGGAAUUUAUCGCAGGCUAAAACUCGAGAUGUUUAUAAUCUCUACCAUUGUGGUUAUGGGUGUUGUCAUCAUGGUUGUUGGUACUUACACAUCUCUCCAGGAAAUAAUUGGCCAUUUUUUAAAGAUUCGUGACCGUUGUCAGCAUUGUGAUCAGUGAUUAGGACACUAGAUUGUGGUAAAAUGGAGUAGGAGUUUUAUUCUUUAUCUUAGGCCUUAUUAUGUAUGCAUGUAUGAGACUCAAUAAGCAAUAUGCUCCAAAUAUGAAGAGCAAUGCGUUUGAGGGCAGAGAAACCACAAUAAUCUCAAUAUAUUACUUUGAGAUAAAUUUUGUUUACCAACAGCAACAUUACUAACUAAGCAGCAUUGCACGUACAGAUGGUACACUAUUCACAUGCUC